UCGCAAGUGCCAACCGGUUUUUAUUUUACCAUUUUAUACACUUAUGAAAAUAAACGUAUGUUUCUAAUAAUGUUCAUUGUCAUGUAAUCCUGCAACUGUUUUCUUAGUCAGUGAUGAUGGUUUAGUAUGAUAAUAAUUUUAUUUAAAUUUGAUAAGGUUGAUUUAAAAAUAAUUAUAAAAUCAACAACUGCUCACAAUGGAGUACGAUAAAGAAGACCAUACAUGGCGAAGGCGAUCAUCGUCUACAUUUAAGCAAACAACUUGUCAGCCAAUGCCAAAGAGAUCACACACAAUUGCUGUUAUUGUAUUAGGAUUAGCAGUACUCAGUUGUUUGUUAGGAUACUGCGUCCUCAGCGAAACUCUACCCUAUGAAUCUAAAACAUUGCGUCUGGUCAUUGUUCUAUUUCGUCACGGCGCUAGAACUCCAGUAACAAGUUAUAAAAGUGAUCCUUUUAAGAAUUAUCAAUGGCCUGAUGGACUUGGAAGUUUAACAAAUGCUGGAAAACUACAACUAUAUGAGUUAGGCAAAAAGUACCGUAACUAUUAUGCUAAUUUUAUCCCAGAGGAAUAUUACGAGAAGGAUGUUUACGUAAAGAGUAGUGAUAAAUCUCGGUGCUUGAUGAGCGCAUACACUUUCCUUGCUGGUCUUUACCCACCAUCGGACCGGCAGACUUGGCAUCCCGAAUUACCAUGGCAACCGAUACCUGUACAUUCCCUUCCUAAGGAUUUAGAUAAUAUAGUAGCACAGACAAAACCAUGCAAAGUUUGGAAGUCAAUGUAUGAAGAGUUAUUGGAAGAAGCCAAUGCGGAUCCUAAGUUUUCUGAACUAUUUGAUUAUCUUAGUAAACACACGAAUCAGAGCAUGCGGAGCGUAUUAGACGUAGAUUUCUUGUACAGUACUCUGCAAACACAACAGGAAGCAGGACUGAAACUUCCGGAUUGGACAAAGAAUGUAUUCCCAAAUAAAAUGCGUACUCCGUUUAUGCUUAGCCUGGCUUUAUUAUCGUACAAUCAAACUCUACAAAGGCUCAAAGUAGGUCCAUUAUUGAAUGAAAUAAAAAUGAAUUUACAAGAUAGUGUUAGUCAUACAAACUUGGAUCGUUCACUGUACAUCUAUUCGGGACACGACGUGACUGUGGUUGGUCUGUGGCGCACACUUGGCUAUAGUGAGCUGUUAGAACCCGAGUACGGCGCCAGUUUGGUGCUCGAACUGCACGAAGAAGUUGAACAAGACACAUUUUUUGUUAAGUUAUUCUAUCGUAACAAUACGAAAGUGGAAGUUCCUAUGGAGCUGAAUAUGCCAUUCUGCGACGAUCCCUGCACUUACAAUCGUUUUAUUCAACACAUUGAAACCUUGAUUCCAAAUAAUUGGGAUGAGGAAUGUAAAAACUAAAAAUUAUGAUGCUCCUCGUUUCUUAUAUGUCACAUAUUUAACCUAUUAUUGUUCACAACUCACAGUAAGGUAAUGUUUCACAUAAAUGUUUUUAUUUUUAUGUAUGUAUGUAUGUAUGUCAAUUCAAUUAAAUGACUGAAUAAAUUUUGACAAGUGAGGUAUCCUUCGACUUGAAUUCUUCUGAGUGUUAUAGGAAUCAGUCGGGCUUAAUGAUUUUUUAAGUAACAAAUCUGUCGAGUUAUUAGCUUCCAUAUUUUAAAGUAAAUUUAUAAAGAAACAUUUUACAUGCUCUAAGAAUUUAUUAGUGUUGUUAAUACUAUGGCAACACUUAGGCUAAAUUGUUGAAUUUCUAUGUUUCUCGAAUAUAUAUUUGCUACAAC